AUGGAAAAUAAGGUCGAUCUCAAAAAGGUAAAAGGCACAGGCAGAGAUGGACGGGUUUUGAAAGAAGAUGUUUUGAAGUUCCUUGGACAAGUGAGGGAAGAUUAUCAACCUGGUAUUACGAAUAUCCGGUCAUCACCAGCAUUCGGAGCCCGACCAGCUAUGAAAGAAUACGCUCCACUUACUGAGGAUCGCGUGGUUCCUAUCCGUGGUUACACUCGUGCAAUGGUUAAAACGAUGACAGAUGCACUAAAAAUACCACACUUUGGGUACGAUGAUGAGGCUUCUCAUAACAUUUGUCUUGCCAUGGAUACCCCUGGUGGUCUCGUUGUGCCAAACAUCAAGAACUGCGAACAAAGGUUCUUUUGUUUAGUUCUAUUUCUUUCACCUUUUAUUUUGUGGGUUACUGGCACACACCACGUCUGCGGCGGUAAUCAUUUCAAUAUCUGCAGUUUACACGAAGUCAUUUCGUUUUUUUUUGCUGCCAAAUGUGGGAAAGCGUGCCACCGGUAUUCACGCACACCUCUGCUUAUUUUUUGCGCAAUACUUAUGCCUGUGUUAGUGUCAUUUCUUUUGCUGCAAAGAAAUUCUUAUCUUCAAUGAGG